GUAGUCAACUCUUACUCAUCUCUGCCCAAGACCUCCACAGUAAAGGCCAUUGCGGCAUGUGUGACUCCCUAAAUCUAAAUGGAAAAAAGAGAAGGGGAAGUUCUCCGCCCAAUUCCAGCCUCCAACAGUUUUAAGCCUUGCUGCGAAGACGCUAGAAGCGAAAGUCGAACUGAGACAGAGACGUUUGGACCGGCCGUUUUAACUUUUUCGUGUUAAAAAAAACCCCCAACAGGCUGGACAGCACACGGUCGUCCUCAGGAAGCGGGAGUAAGCCCUUCUCACCGGCGUCUGCGCUCACAGUAAACUGUGGGACACGUCUCCCAGGAAGGAUGACCUGGACCUCUCAACGUUUGGAGCUGUUCGUUUUAAGCUGCCUCGUCUUAACGUCCCACACAAGUGAAGUCUUGCCGCCACAGAACGUGUCGCUGCGGUGGAUUACUAGUUUUGAGCCUCAGCUGUCCUGGGCGCCACCACGGCAUCCAGUGGAAAACUGCAGCUAUGAAGUAGAGUGGUCACGAACCAAUCAGACGGACGACAGAUACACAUGCAUCCCGAAAAACCUGACCUGGAGCGAGUAUACAGUGAUGGACGGGCGACACCUAUACCUCGCUGUCAGAACUAUCUGUAAUGACACGCAUAGUGAGCCAGUUGAGUUGCCCGUCAUUUACCCAGAGCUGGUGAGAAAUCUGAGCUGCUACAUCCAUUCCUCCAACCUAACACGCUGCUCCUGGCACCGGGUCAGUGACAUUGCAGAUUUUGGCUUUUUCUUCAGGUUAACAGCUGAAGAUCUCAGCGCCUCUAUUAACAACAAAUCCAACCCGAACUUGCAAGCGUGCCCAGAGUACGUUGGCGGAAGGACUGGCUGUAAUCUGCAGGCGAAGCCCACACAUGCCAUCCACAUCUUGUUUAAUGGAACACUGAACAACAGACUUGUCAGGAACACCUUCAAGAUUUGGCUUAAAGAGAAUGUGAGACCUCUACCCCUGACAUGGACAGCCAUUAAAGCUGGGGAUAAGUUCAACAUCAGCUGGAUUCCCCCUGACUUUUGUGAACUGUCUUGCUGGACGUUCAAAAUUAGACAAACCGCUUGUAAUAAAUCACUGCAUCACGACAAAUUUCAUGUAACAUCAACUGAGCUGAACGUGGUCCCUCACUGUAAGAACUGCAUGGCUAUCAAAGUAGAACGGAGCAGAGCGAAGGAAGCGGGAAGAGAGUCGGAGUGGAGUGAGGAGAAGUGUUUUGCUGGCGAACCUAAUGCGUUGGUGUAUGCUGCCAUUAUCAUCCCGCUGAUGUUCGCCGUCCUGGCAACCCUGACUCUUGUGUGUUGCAAGAAGAACAAGGACGUUAUUUUUCCCAGAGUUCCAGAACCUCGGGACUUCCUCAGCGAUAUUUCUGACAACAACAACAAGAUCACUGUGCGUAAUCUCUACAUCCCGGCAGAAGAAGAAGAUUGUAAAAUCACCCUAGUGAUAGACCCCCUAAACAACAAACUCCUCUCCUGACCCUCCCACAUUCUUGCUUUACUGGCUCAAUAAAAUUGGAAGACUUCACUGCGCAAGUGAUAAAUGCUGCAUGUUGGGUAAGCAGUUGCGUGAAGGGGGAUUUCAACUCAAACUUCUUUCCUCACCAAAAACAUUGGCAGCUACUGCACUCCUACAAAUUGAUUCCAUCAGCUGUUAUGAACUGAUGCAGCUCAUGUCCAACUUCAUAAGGCGUGCUUGCAAAAGUAUGUCCCAGGGCAUUACAUGAAACCAAAGGGAGACCCUUAUAAGGACUAAAUACGACAGCACAUUAAGCCAAACUAACAGUCGCAAUAUCAUCAAUUCCUUAUCCCCAUGGCAUGUUGAUGCACACCAGCAGCUCCUUCUUUGGACAUACAUUUAGUUGCUGUGUUUAUGUUUGCCCUUGUUUUUGAUCAUUAAUCUUUUAAGCCCCACGCCAACUUUCUAGGGUUAGGGUUAGGGGUUAGGGUUAAAAACCACUUUGGACUUUGGGGUCCCCCAAUUAGCAUUUACAGAGCAUUUGAUGCAUAAAGGCUGAACACUUGCUGGUCUAAGGUUGCGUGAGGAUGUGAGUAAUUUCUGCUUUGCUCUAUUGUAUAGUCACCGUGAGUCAUGAUUAUCUACAGGCCUUUUGUCAGAGCAGUCAGCCCUCCUCUUUGACCGAACGAUCCUUUGUCAUGUGGUUUUUCCGUCCUUUGCCUCUUAACAGUGUGAACACAUGUCACCUACAGUCCUGGUGAUGUCACUGUCACUGCUGAAUCGUGUUCAAGAUGUACAUUCAUAUCCCAAAUGCCAAAGGUCAACUUCACUGUGACAUGUUGUGGCCACUAUUCAGUGGCACAGCUCAGGAGAAGCGAAAACUGGUGCGUGGAGGCACACAGUUAUUCUGUUUUUUUACACAUGAGAUUUAUUUACAUUUUUUUUAUUUUAAAUUUUUGUAAUGUCUAUGCAGAUACAAACCCUGAUUAUCAUUCUGGGUAUACUUCUGUUUCCUGUUGAUCAGUGAGCACAGUCCCUUUCAAAUAACCAAGUACAAUUCUUAAAAAUGCAUCAACAGAAACAGCAACAGCCUAUGAGUAACAGUCAGUCAGUCUGCCAUACACACAGACUUUUGUUUUAUUAGAUAUUAUACAUAUGUUACUGUCAGUUAAAGACAUAUAUCACUUGUGAUGUUUUUAUUGCAGUGCCUAACAGUUUUGCACUUAUUAUUCUACUUCUGUGCCGUCACUUUCAUGGCCAGUUGUAAUCUGUGGGCCCAAUUUGGCGGCCACACACAGAUUCCACCGCAGCAUUGUUUCGUGUUUCGUGUUUUUUUUGUUGUUUUUUUUUUAUCUGCUUGGACAAGGGUUGAGGAUAUGUCUCACUCUCUUGCACAAUGGAAUAGCCGAGGCUUUAGUUACUACUGUAUAUAAACAUUUAUGGGAUGGAGAGCUGCCCUACAUGCUCUGAAAUUGUAUCAAGCUGGGACUGUAGGGUUGAGUGUCCGUCUACUGUAGCUGUUAUCUCCCUUUUUGUCUGUAGAGGACUGAAUGUGAAAUGAAUGAAUAGUGGCGCGUGAAAUGAUUUUCAUACCGAUGUUGGUGCUCGACAGUGAAUGUUUGGAUGAUGUACUCAGACAGGCUGACGCUGGGUGCCACAUCUAAAUGUAUUGUUACUCAUUUUUAUGUCACUUCUUUUGAUAAACUUUCAAUAAAGGUUUGAAGUUUCUGCACAAAAAAAACAUGAAAA